GGUAAGUCAGUGCAUUUGGAUACAAGAGCACUAGAGGGAGAGAGCGAGAGAGCGAGAGAGUGAGACAGGGGAUCUAAGCGGUAAACGAUGGGCCUGCUAAUCGGAGAAUCGAGCGGUCGUCUCAGCGGCGAUCGGAGACCAUGGUUGCGCUGGCUUGGGUGGGUCAUCUUUGGCCUGCUGGUCGCCGGCUUCGCCAGACAGUGCACAUCGUUGUAUCUCAACUACAGCUCCCUCCAGCCCGUCGGGCCGUUGGAGGGGCCCCUGAGCGUGUUGCCCAGGGUACCGGAGACGUGCCGGCCCCACACCCACCUCAUGUUCCUGAAGACCCACAAGACGGCCAGCAGCACGGUCCUCAACAUGCUCUACCGCUUCGGCGAGGAGCACGGCCUCCGCUUCGCCCUGCCCAUGGGCUACAUGCUGGGCUACCCCUACACCUUCAACGUCCACCGCAUCAAGGGCUACCGCGGCAACCGAGCCGCCAAAUACGACAUCAUGGCGAACCACUUGAGAUUUAAUAAGGAUGAGGUACAGAAGGUGUUGCACGAAGACACGUUCUACUUCUCCAUCCUUCGAGAGCCCCUGUCCCUGGCCAAGUCCUCCUUUGCCUACUUCCAUGACAUAUGCCCCACCUUCCGCAAGCUAGAGAGCCUGGGGGCCUUUGCGGACAGCCCCGGUCGUUUCCACAAGGCCCAUCGCCGUAACUCCCACUACGCCCGCAACCUGCUGUGGUUCGACUUCGGCAUGGACCCCAACGCCAACGUGACCCAGGAGGUGGUGAGAGAGGGCCUGGUCACGAUACGCAAGAACUUCAAGUUGAUCCUGCUGUCGGAGUACUUCGACCAGUCCAUGGUGCUGCUGAGGCACGCCCUCUGCUGGCCGCUGGACGCCGUGGUGUCCUUCACCCUGAACAAGGCCCACUACAGGCCGCCGACGGGCGGCGCAGAGGACGGCUUUGACCUCAGGCAGCCGGUGGUGGACGUGUCGCUGACGCCGGCGCAGCGCGAGAAGCUGCGGGAGUGGAACGCGCUGGACUGGCACCUGUACCAGUCCUUCAACCGCAGCUUCUGGGAGGACGUGCGGCGCUUCGGGCCGGAGCGCAUGGACCAGGAGGUGGCGCUGCUGCGGGCGCGGCGGGACCAGCUGGCCGGCGUCUGCCUGCUCAAAGCCGGGGAGCCCGUGGAGGCGCACCACAUCGGGAACGAAGACAUCCGGCCGUACCAGUGCGGCUCGGUGCGGGUCCUGGGCUACGAGCUGCAGCCGGGCCUGGACAACGCCACCACCGAGGCCUGCCUGCGCCUCAUCCGGCCGGAGAUCCAGUACAAGGACCUGCUGGACGCCAAGCAGUUCCCCCGGUCUCAGCCCUCCAUCAGGGACCCGGCGAGGAAACUGGACGUUAAUGGGACGAUUGAAAAGUGCUAGGGUCACCCCGGAGUGCUGUGCGCCGCGGACAGUUGAGUUCUUACUAAAAAGGACGCCACUUUUGGGGGAUAUAUAGGCCUACAGAUUAUUACAAUUUUUCCUUUUUCAGAUAUUAUUGGGAAUAUGCUUCUGAAUGAUAGCACACGUCUUGUUACAGAGCCACAUUCAGUCUUCGGAAGUUAGAAUCUUUGAUUUUCUAAAUGACAUUUACCAUUCCUAUUUCUCAACAUAGGUUUUUUUAUAUAUUUGAAAUGGGGAAAUAACCGGGAAUGAUGCUUCAUUUCUUUAUUGCUUUGUAUUAUGUUGCUUACUGAACGUACCCGCUAAAAAGAGAAUGAGAAUUAAUCGCAUAAGCAUACUGUGAAUUA